AACAGGCGCCUCGGCUACCAGUUGCACAUCAGUUUGCUUAGCUAUCAUGGAUACAAAAAAGCAAAAGAAAAUUUCACAGAAGCAACCAAAGAAAAGGACAGAUGAAUUAAAGCAGGUGCCUCCUUCACCACCAAGUGUAAAAGAAAAAAAUAGGGUGAAGGCUUCUCCACUGCCAAGUGAGAAAGAUGAAUUAAAGCAGGUGCCUCCUUCACCACCAAGUGUAAAAGAAAAAAAUAGGGUGAAGGCUUCUCCACUGCCAAGUGAGAAAGAGUUAAGAGGUAUGUUCGAAGACUUUAAAAGAGCUGAUGAACUACUGAAACCAUUUAAAACUCUCUUUAAGUCCUCACAAACUGAGAAGCAAAAAGUUGAUGUUUCCACUGGUAAAAAUAAACUAACACAGGAGGUAAUUAGAAGAGUAAAAACAAAGUUUUCUACUAGUGAAGAAUUUGCUGUUAAGUUGCUGAAUGUAUUUGGAGAGAAGGAAGCCUUACUUACACAUGAGGCUAUAAGAUUCACCCCACCUGGCAUUUUUCUACGGACUAACGGGCUCAAGGCAAGUCGCAAGCGGCUAUGGAGUGAGAUGGAGGCUGCCAAUGUGAAGGCAUGGCUACCUGAGUGGUCCAGAAUUAACAUCAACAUUGUAGGAGAUAUGCAGCAUAUUCCCCCACUAGUCCAACAGAUGAUCAGUGAAGGGCGUUGUUACUUGCUGGGUGUGAUAAGCUCAGUGUUGGGGGUGGUGAAUGCGCCCAAGAUAGGAGAAGAUGUCCUGGAGAUGUGUGCCACCAACUGUGUCAAGACUGUUCACAUAGGAGCCAUGAUGAUGAACACUGGCAAAUUGGUUGCCAGAACUCUACAUUGCCAGGAUGUUACAGAAUUGCAGAAGACACUCAAACAUUUGGGUGUGACAAACUGUGUGGUUACAGAUAUGCUUACAGUUGAUUUAGCUAAGACAAUGGCCAAGUCUUUUGACAGAGUAAUAAUUGAUGCACCAUGCAGUGGCAUUGGUGUAGUACCUCCUGAAUCAGGGAUCUCAAUGUGUAAAGACAGCCGUGAUCUGGAGAUCAUCUGUGAGCGACAGAAACGUCUUAUAAUUGCAGGAGCUGAAUGCCUCAGACAUGCUCAUAAUCGACGGUCCUUCCUGGUGUACACAACCUGCUCUGUCUUGGUUGAAGAGAAUGAAGAUGUGAUUCAGCAUCUGCUAGACAGUAGACCAGAAAUGGAGGUAAUUCCAACUGGAGUUUCUCUAGGUGUUCCUGGCUUCAGUCACUUUCGUGGACGCAGGUUCAGUGAGGAUAUGUGCUUCACCAGACGAAUAUAUACCCAUCAGAAUCACAUGGAUGGAGUGUUCCUAGCAAAGCUGUCAUUCAGUCAUACAGAUAAAGAAUAUUUUUCUUAAAAAGUUUAGGACUUUUAGAACAACAUAUAAGGAAAAUGGCUUAAUAUUUAGACGUUUUUGUUAUUAUGUUCCUGGGAAGCACUAAACCUGUAGGGUCAUACAGUGCCAGAGAAACCAGAUUUAAUCCCAGGAAAGGGAGGGUAGAGACAAUUAUCUGGAUCGAGAGCUUUUCACCUGCAUCUAGGCACCUCUCUUGAAAGAUAGACCUUUCAUUUCCUUUGAAAAUGGUGCCUUUUUGCUGCUGAAAGACUCUUAAUCCAAGGAAUUGGAUUUCUCUUCCCCCACCCUGUUUAAAUCAGAUUACCUCCUAAGCUGUAUAACCUCUGCAGUUUUAGAGCUUGCCUAUAAGUAUUAUUAUUGAACCUUUAGUGGUGAAAUGCUACAGAUCUUGUAUAACUGUUUCAAUACCUAAUAGGAAUUUUAAGUGUACUUUCAUAUCUAGUAUUAUUGGAUUCAUAAAAUCAGGCAUUUUGAUUACUUUUUUGUUGAAGUUCUACCAUGAUUCACUAAUCAUCCCAAUCUCAAGAGAUCAUGCAAAUGAAUGUCACCAAUUCAAAGUUUAUUCUUUAUAAGGAUUACAAUGCUGAGUUUACGGAAUUUGGUUAUUGUGUAGUUUACAUGUAGUAAAAUAAUAAUGGAUAUACAAGACACUAAAAGGAUUUUUUAU